AAAAAUGAACCUUGUGUUGUAAGUUUUAAAGUACACUUACACAGAAUACUUGUGCUGAUAAGAGACGUUAUCAACCUAUCAACAAUCAAAACAUUGUUAUCUCAAUUAUAAAAUAACUUUAACCUCAAGAACAUCAUAAUUAUAAUUUAUAAAUAAUAUUGUCGUAUGAACUUCAUUACUAAGGUGGCAGUCGAUACACACAGUGUCUUUUUAUCACAUUAACGAUGAAGUUCUGUGCGAACCUUGCUUUUAUGUUCACGGAGAGUGCAAGUAUUCUGGAAAGAUAUGCUCUGGCGAAAGAUGCUGGGUUCAAGGCAGUGGAGACUGGGUUCCCACUGGGGUAUAGUAUAGAACAAGUAAAACAUGCGAAGGAAGCUGCUGGUGUUGAGCAAGUUCUUAUAAACUUAAAAACAGGAGAUGUAACUAAAGGCGAAUUAGGAGUUACAGCAGUGCCUGGUAAAGAAACUGAGUUCCAAGAAAACCUAAGAACGACCAUAGAGUAUGCAAAAGCAGUUGGAGCAAGAAAAAUACACAUUAUGGCAGGGAAGUUAGAAACUGUAUCUCCUCAAAACUGGACAACAUAUGAGAACAAUUUGAAGUAUGCAGCAGAUGUCCUAAAAACUCAAGGAAUAUUAGGUGUUAUAGAACCUAUCAAUCAACAUUCUGUGCCUAAAUAUUUCUUGAGUGAUUAUAAAAAAGCUGUUGAUAUCAUCAAACGCCUGGACAGUGACCAUUUGAAAUUGCAACUGGACAUCUUCCACUUACAACAUAUCAGUGGUGAUCUCUCGCACAACAUCCAGAACCUCAUGCCAUAUGUUGGCCACAUUCAGAUUGCACAAGUACCUAAUCGAAAUGAACCCGACACUGCAGGCGAGAUAAACUACCAGUACAUAAUUGAACAUAUCCAGAACAGUGGUUACAGUGACUGGAUUGGCCUGGAGUACAAGCCAGCUGGUAACACCAAAAAUGGCCUCAAGUGGAUACAAGACUUUGGCUAUAAUCUGUGAUAAUAUCCAAAUAUUAACUAAAAGCUUGUCCUUUAGCAGUUUAGUCAAGUAGCAUAAAAUUUAGCUGCUAAACGAAUGUAUGAAUGAUAGUUUAUUCAUGAAAAUGUAGGUUUAACAUGAUGACACGUUUAGUAGCUAAAUUUUACGCUACUCGACUAAAAUGCCAAAGUAGUUUGAACUAGGCUAUGCAGACUAAUAAAAAAAAAUUAAACCUACAAAAAUCUGCAGUACAUGCUGUUUUUGAGGUUGGUGCCUGCUAUUGACUAGCAAGUGAUAAAAUAUUUAUUCAAAACCUCAGACCAAUUAUCACAGGGCCAUAGGACCAGUGGCGUGCAAAAGGUUGUCGAUUAGGGUAUGCACUAAUAAUAAAAUUAACUCUAUCAAUUAUUACCAUAAAUAUAAAAAUAGGACUUUGUGUUUUAAUAAAAUAAGAAAUAUUGUGAUUAAUAUGGUAUAAGAUAAAUAAAUUAAACCUGAUUAAAUAUUAUAUUUUAUAUUUAAAACAUUAUUUUUGUAAUUAUUAUUAU